UGUAGCAGAGCGAGGACAGAUUUAUUCGCAAUGCUUGUCCGUCGCGCAAUAUUAAUUCUGGCAUUAAUGCCCAGCCUUUCUUUGGCUGCAUCUUCAAAAAAUUGCCCUAUAGGCUACAGAAAAAUUGGAUUACAAUCAAGCAAAUGUGUUCCCAUCUGCAGGCAAAAAUGUGGUAGUGGCAACUGUAUAAAGCCCAACGUUUGCUCUUGCCUUAGAGGAUACGAGAAUCUUAACAAAUUGUCAUCGAAUCGCUGUGUGCCCAAAUGCAAAGGCGGAUGUCAUAAUGGUCGUUGUGCUGCCCCUAAUAAAUGUUUUUGUGCGCCAAAAUAUAAGCUUAAUGUGACGACUGGUCAUUGUCUUCCCAUUUGCGACAGCGGCUGUCCCAAUGGAUCGUGUAAGAUUCCUGGAGUUUGUACCUGUAAUGAGGGAUUCACAUUAAAUCCCACAACUCAAACUUGUCAUCCGCAGUGCAAGGAUGGGUACAAAUUAGAUUUCACUGACAAUCGAUGUAUUCCGGUUUGCAGUAAACCCUGCGAUAACGGCUUUUGUAGUUCGCCAGAAACUUGUGGCUGCAAUGAGAACUAUCAGAAAGGUCUCGAUAAUAAAUGUGCUCCAAUUUCCAAAGAGGGCUGCUUAAAUGGCAUAUGUACGUCCCCAGGAAAAUAAUAUAAAAAUAUAUAUUUGUAUUUGUGUGCCAUGACUAAUUAGAGCUGAAGAUUUGUCGUAUUAUUAAACAUUUCUAACACAACAUUUAUUUUCAA